AUGUUUAACAUUGCCCCCUACAUUGCCAAAUACGUGCGAUCAUACCAUGCCUUGAAUGACCGGCUACAAGUGCCUUACAGCCAUACGCAGUUUGGUGUCGUGCUUAUGGUGGAUGUGGUGGGGUUCAGUAGGCUAACCACCCUCGCUACCGAAAAAGGCGUAUCAGGUGCUGAAGCAAUCGCACUCGAGAUUGGUGCCUAUAUGGGCGAGUGCAUUCAAAUCAUUGAGUCAUAUGGUGGCGACGUUGUCAAGUUUCUUGGGGAUGCGGUGCUUGUUAGCUUUCAAGCUUCACUUGUGGAUGGUGUGGAUCAAACGGAAGGGAACAAGGAGAUGUCGAGACAACAAAAAAGCAUUCUUGUACGACGAGCCAUCGAAUGUGGACAACAACUUCUUACACGAUUAUCUCACUAUCGAGUCUAUUUGACUGCCGAAGAACGCACCAAACAUCGCACAGCAUCUGGUCAACUUGAACGACGUGAGAAGAUGCGUGGUCAACGAUUUUUUCUCUUUGAGGGUCAAAGCAUUGAAUCCAACAGCAGCAGUAGCGACACAAGCAACAUGGUUGAUGAUGGUAUCAGUUUAUCGAUGGAUGACGUUGAAAGUGGUGGUUGGAGCUGUUUGCCAUCAUUUAUGCGCCGUCGUCGAAGCAAGAGUAGCGCUCGAAUUCACACCAAUCAUCGAUCCAGCUUAUCCAGUGACGAUGUGAGCAGCAAAAAUGCUAUUGAUUUGGAACUUCACAUUGCUAUUUCAUGCGGUGAUAUAUGUAAUGUGAUCCUUGGCGAAUUGGAACCUCCGAUAGCAAAUGGAAAUGGCGAACCACAUAGUCCUCAGCGACCAGCAAUCGGUGUACCUGAUGAAGUUAUGUAUUCGGGUCGAUUGGAAUAUGCAAUUUGUGGACCAGCAGUCGAAUGGCUUGAAGAUGCAUUAGCAACAGCAAAAGGUGGAGAGAUGAGCAUUACACCUGAAGUAUAUCGAUUGAUUCAACAUAAUCAACCAUUCUAUCUUUCGUAUGAAAAGCGGAAGCAUUUCUAUAUGGUGAGAGCAAAAGAUCAGUGGAGCAAAUAUCACCAUUACAUGAAUGGGACCGGCAGCAUGCUCAGUUUACCCAAACCGCCCCCUGCAGCUCAAUUGGAUCAUGAGGAAGGAACUCCUUUGGACAAGGCUGAUUAUUACAAAUACGUCAAUCGAAGUGCACUUUAUCGCCUACGACAUUGUACAGAUGGCAACUUCCCUGCACAAUUCCGUGAUGUGACAGUCAUGUUUAUCAGCCUUGGAAAACUCAAUGUCGCCACGUCUCGAGGAUUGAUGACUGCUCAAAAAGCUCUUGUUGCCGCUAUUCGACUACUUAUCAAGUACGAAGGGAUGCUACAACAAUUUGCUGUCGAUGACAAAGGCCCUACUUUGCUAGCCGUAUUUGGUCUCCCCCCUCUUUCUCAUGAACGUGAAGCAGUGUUUGCAGCCAAAGCAGCCAUUGAAUUACGAGACAUCUAUCGUAAUUUGGAUCUUCCCGAUUUCUCAAUUGCAUUAUCCAGCGGCAUGAUUUUUAAUGCUGUGUUACCACAAGGAAACCCUUAUCGACGUGAUCCAAGUAUAUCAGGUGAUACCAUCAUCCUUGCCGUUCGCAUGCUCAAGUUCCCUUUUGCAAAGAGAAGCGUUGUUUGUGAUGCAGCUAGCAAACAACAGAUUCGUGGAUCAUGCGAGUUUGAAGAUAUGGGUGAAAACGUCGUUAAAGGGAAAUUGAAGCCUAUCCAGAUACAUCGGAUCCAGAAAUUCGGAGCAAAUACCAACAAGCCGAAGCGUAUCUCUCAACAGCAAACUACCGACUUUAUUGGAUACAAGAUGGAAAUGGAGCGCGCGACCCAAUUGAUCGAUGAUUGGCACAAUGAUGCACAAAAUCGACAUGUGCUCAUUAUCUCAGGUCCAUCCGGUGUAGGAAAGAGCUUCUUUUGUCAAGCUUUGGGAAGAAUGAUCACCUCACUUGGUGUGAUGAAUUGCUGGGCAAGUUCUACCGAAGUGGAGAAGAGCUCAAAGUACUUUUUGAUAAAGAACUUGAUUGCUACGCUCUUUGAGAUCAUCGACUCCAACAAGAUACCCGAUUCAAUCAAGCGGCGGAUGUCUUUUGCACAAGCGAGCUUCACGAGUCAAGCGUUCUCUGGACCUUUCACACCAACAGGGGAUAGGACGUCUACCUCAUCGCUCAUUUCCAUGGAAUCAUUACGUCGAUUGCAUUCAUCAUCUUCAGUGCCACGUAACUUCUCUGCUGUAUCACAUCAUGCCGAAAGCAACAAUGAGCUGGCCGAGUUGAUUCGCAAGUGUUUACGUAAAUGCGGCGAAACAGAGAAUCUGCUCCCUUUAUUCAAAGCUGUCUUUGCUUCACUCACCGAUCUGGAAGAAAACAAAUACACAGCUCGAUUGGAUGGACGUGCUCGCGAUAUCUUGCUUUCAGGUGCAAUCACAAAGAUGGUGCGAUAUGUAUCAGAGCAUGUGGAAUUGGUUUUCAUUUGUGAUGAUGUACAAUGGGCCGAUUCAGCAUCAGUGCGCGUACUUCAUCAGAUUCAUGAGCAAUGUCCACGUGUGAUGCUUAUCAUGGCGACAAGAACGAUGCGUGAUUACAACCUCACAUUCAUCAAUGACUUUUGCAAAUCAGGGACCCACGACGAGAUUGCAUUGAAUGGAUUGGGAGCAGAUGAGAUUGGUGAAAUCAUUGUCCAAGCGUUCAAGAGUGGAGUUGUCAAAAGCGUGAGCCCUGAGAUCAUUCGAGUCUUCCAAAAGCGAACGGGUGGAAAUCCGUUAUAUGUAAAGAACAUGGCAAUCGUUUUGAAGGACUUCAACAACCAUGUCACAGUGAUGGAUGGUCAACUUAUUACGAGCAGCAAUGAAUUUGAUCUCUCCGACAGCCUUGGGAACUUUGAUUACAAGCGUAUUAUCAGGAUGCAAUUCGAUAGAUUGGAUGCCAGCUUUCAGGAGGUUCUCACGGCGGCAAGUUGUUUGGAUCAAUGCUUUAUUCUUCACGAGGUGGCAGCAAUCAUCGACCCGGAGAAUGCCGUUUUCAAAGACAAGAGUCUUAGUGAGAUCAUCGACUUGAUAAAGGUGCACGACAAGUAUCAGUUUUUGCAGCAGGUCGACAAUCCCAGUGUAUCAGAAAGCAGCGGUGGUGCUGCCAUUUUCAGCUUUGCUCAUAUCACAAUCCCUGAAAGCAUUUAUGCAAUGGUCCCAUAUGAGACACGUAUCAUGCUACAUGAGUUGCUUGCCAGGCAUUAUGAAGCCCAAUUUAAUCGCGAAUACGCUGCCGAUCUUUUACCCAAAAUUGCUCGCCAUUAUAUGAAGACGACUUUGAUACCCAAACAACUUCACUUUUUGGACAAAUUGGCUGAUUACAACAUCCGAUCCUACUUUUUACCCGAAGCGACAGACAACUUGAAGAACAUUGUACGCAUCUUGGAUGAGAAUGAAGAGGCCGCUAUGCUCUAUGGAAGAGUACGACGCAGUGAUAUCUACCGAAGACUUGGCAUGUGCUACACAAUGAGGACAAAGCUCAGCGAAGGUGAACGUUAUCUGCAUUUGGCUUUGGAUACUUUGGGUCAUCCAUGGCCAACAACCAACCUCGAAUUCUUUCGCAAAUUUUGGUCAAAUCGGGCAUCACAAUAUCAACAUCGUCGUUGGGGCACUUGGAGUAGAUACAAGAAUAGCAGGAAGAAGGGCGUGUGGACACGAAUCGUUGAAAUCAUGGUGCAGCUAUCCAACAUUUACUUUUACACUGGCAAAGGCAAGCAUUUCGUGUAUACUUGUUUGAUUGGCCUCAACGCAUGCGAGCGACUCAGUGACGAUGGAGCCAACUAUACCCUGUUUUUGGCAAGGAAUGCUUUGCUAUGUUGGAUCAACGACCAAAAGCAACAUAGUAUCUUUUACAUCACCAAGGCUUUACGGCAUAUGGAGGAGAAGAAUGAUCCAGGCACCCUUACUAUUUGCGCAAUGCUAUGUUUCGCUGCUGGGAAAUUCAAGAAUGCACGUGAUCACUUGUAUCAAUCCAUUGAAGCUGUCAAGAUACUUGGCACGAUUACGGAUUGCCAAUCGUUUUAUCGCUCUGUUGGCCUGGUAUUGACAAUGCGGAUAUUCGAAGGCAAGCUCAAUAGCUCCCCACAAGAGCUAGCAUUGCUGAAGCAAAUGGCAGAGUUAGCCCAUGCCAACGGCGACUAUGAAGCGGAGGUGUGGAUUGGAGUGUACAAUGUUGGUAACGCUAUCAUCAUGGAUCGCCUACGUGAUUGUGAGCCGUUCGUGACAUUGCUGGAAGCACAUAUCAAGGAAGCCGCUGACUACAAUCAAAUCGCAAUAUAUGGUACGCUUGUUUGUUAUUAUGCUCGGAUGCAUAAUUACGAAUCUGCAAGGCGACAUCUUCGUUUUCUUGUGCACUCGCUACCAUCAUUGACAGUGACACCCAACACAUUUCCAAUCUUUGGUUUGAUUUUCGCAACGAUGGGCCUGUAUCGAAUGAUUGAAGAUGACGACGUGGAGCUUUUGACAUCUACCGACAGCAAGAGCUAUGAUCGAUUCAACUUUGUGGUCGCUCGAAUCAACCAUGCUUUUCAGCAAGUCAAGUUUUGGGAGUUUACACAACCAUGUUUGUAUCUGGCACGAGCAUUGCCAUAUAUCAGUACAGGUCGUACGGUAGAGGGAUACCUGGUGUUGCAGCAUGGUGCCUGUGAAAUGCAUUUCAUCCAAGAGAUCACGUUCCUUAAAGCAUACUACUGGGCCAACUUGGGCAAAUACGCAUUUACACCUGCUGAUCGAAUAGCAUGGACAGAGCGAGCGCGCACGGACUUUGACCAAUUGGAGAUACCAAGUCAUACCUAUUGUAACCCUGAUCCUGUAAAUUGUUAUGCCCGAGGGGAACAAGCUGAUUUGCGAACAUGA